GUUUAGGUGACGACCAAGACUUCUUGGACGAGGCACAGAUUACUGGACCCUGUUUUGCGUGUCGCCCUAGAAGGUUCUGGAUAGGUCUCUUUUCUUUGGGAGCAGCGGAUCGGUUGCUGAUCUCAAGUCGAAGUGUCUUCUUUCGCCGCGGCGCCGAUUUUUAUAAAGGGGAUGAUAGAUUCGGUGAAGAGGCCGAUCCUCGUGCGAGCCGCGCGGCGGUCGGAGCAGUGCAAAAUUACGCGCGCUCACACUCGGCGGAGAUCGAAUCCCGUCGGCGUUCGUCGUGGCCCCGAAGGGAUAUCGGUGCCGCGAGCCGUAAACGCUCGCGCACACGAUAAUUUUGAGCGAAUUAAAAAAAGAGAGAAAAUAUGGCAUCCAAUUACCAAUCUUUAUAUGGUGAGAGUUGUGGUCGAUAUCCUUAUAUCGGCAGAAAAUCCGUAGCAGGAGAGGAUAUUAGCGUUGACUUCAGCUAUCAAUUUGUGAAAAAAAGACACGUUAAAAUCCACUCUAAUCUCAGUGUAUUUUACACGGCCCCUGACAUAAUUGGACCACCCAAAUUUUCAAACUAUGGAGAAUCAUUUCAGAAAUUGAAUGGAUGGAAUAGUGAUAUCGACAUUUCAAUAACUCCGUGGCAAUACGAAGAAUCCAUGACAAAAUAUGAUAGUAUACUAUGGCCUCCAUGGUAUCAACUUAGAAGACCGAUCGGAAAUAAUUAUAUUGAUAUCGAGUUUCAUGAAGCUGUAUAUCCAGUCAGAGUUUCUAUAUACGAAAUGUCACGAAACAAUCCUGGAGACGUAAUUCAAAUUUUGGCUCAAGAUGAUUCUAAUAAUAAAUGGUCUAAAUUGUGGGAAACUGAUUAUAAGUCUGAAAUUGAUCUUCAACAACAAUUGGCAACUGGAACUGAUGAUAAGUCUGAGAUUGUACCCCCGACAUCAAGAUUAUUUUCUCCACCCUUAUCACACCCGCGUGACUUUAAAACAAAAAUGCUAAGAUUAUUUUUUAAAGACAGAGGUACAGAUUUCCAUGAAAUACCUCUUUACACAAAGCUAGAUGCUGUGAUGCUUAUCGGUACAUCAAAGUUGGUUCGUCCUAAAAAUUAUGACAAGAGUUUAACUAAUCUGUUAAAGGAAAUUAACUGCAUGUACUUUCCACACCAUGAGAAUAUUCAUAAUUUAACAGCAGAUUUCAAAAAUGCACACUUGGAUAUAGAUUAUUUGCAACGACAUUUUUCUGAAUAUUGCAUUAUAAUGGAAUAUUGUAAGGAUGGAAAGUAUUAUUAUCAACGAUAUUAUUAUCAAAGCAAUAACAUAAGAAUAAGGGUUUCUAAGGAGAGUACUUUGAGAGAGAAUUUGAUGCACAAAAAUGUAUCUCUGGGUGUAAUUCGUCAUUCGAAUUGUGCAAAACUUAUAAAACUCUCUUCGGAUAAAUCCAAGGAGCUAUCAUGUCUCAAUAUAUCCGAUCUUCCUGAUGAAAUGCUACUAAUAAUAUUAAAAAACUUGGAUCUGAUGACGUUAUGCCGCUUGAAUCGUGUAAAUAAACGCUUCAAUAAUUUGAUACAAGACCCUCGACUAUAUAAACGUUUGAAUAUACACUGUCCACGCAAUAUGAGCAAUAUAUUUUGUUACUUUACAUCUAGAUGUAAUAAAUUGCAGCAGUUAGAUCUUACAAAAAGCACAUUUAGAGUUGAGGAUUUUAUAAACUUUCUUGAUAAUUGUGGCAAGGGUUUAACGCAUUUAAGAUUAGAAUCCUGCGGCUAUUCUAUCAAUAAUCUUGCCCUACUUAAAAUUUCGGAGAUAUGUGUAAAUUUGAAAGAAUUGAAUCUAAAUUAUUGUGGUGACAUAGAUGACAAAGGAUUUUUGUAUCUCGAGAAAUUAAAUGGUUUGGAACAUUUAGACUUUUGUAAUGCACAUAUAAGAGCUGAAUGUCUUUACAAAAUACUGCAAAAAAAUCCACGGAUGCGUGAGGUCAAUCUUAAAAAUUCACUCUAUAUGAGAACUACACCUGCAACACAGCUGUAUAAAUUUAUAAAUUUGUGUCCUAACUUGGAAGUAAUACGUUUAGAGGACUGUAUUCUUACAUCGCAGGAUAUUGACAAUCUCGCUGACUGUAAAAAUUUACGAAAAGUGUACCUUCCCCGAUUCAAACCUCCAGUCGCUGAUGAUUACUUGCACAGAUUACUUCCUUCCUGGCAACGCCUAGAAUUAGUUACUUUACGCUGUAUUGUUCUCAAUGAUCACAAUUUGAAAUUAUUAACGCAGUGCAAAAACUUAAAACAGUUACAACUUUAUUGGGUGACACUUGUUACACCUGAUAAGUGUUUUACUAUUUUGGAACAAUGUCCAAAACUGCAAGAGUUUCAUCUCAUACAUUGUAACAUUGACGAUUGUACGGUUAACGUAUGGAAGGAAAGAUAUCCGCAUGUGUCCACCUAUAUACUUGAAUGAUAAUUUGAAAAGUUUUGUUAACCCUUUUGGGAUAUAUAUAUACAUAUAUUAUAUAUGUAGCAAU